GAGUCGUAGUCCCGGCUGGCAGAGCCCGGAAGGAUGGGAGGGGCACCGGAAUGCAGCCCGCCGACCUGGCUACUAGAGGUCCCUCUCCCUAACUAAUCCCUUGGUUCUCUCGGGUGGAGCCUUCAGCGUGCACAGCGGGAUUUGACUUUGCCACCGUCUCUCUUCUGGAUUUCAAUAAAGUUUUCCUCUUCCUCUCCUCGUACGAAGCUCAAGAUGGCGGCCUCCUGGUCGCUCUUGGUUACCCUGCGCCCUUUAGCACAGAGCCCCCUGAGAGGGAGAUGUGUUGGGUGCGGGGCCUGGGCCGCCGCUCUCGCUCCUUUGGCCACCGCCCCUGGAAAGCCCUUUUGGAAAGCCUAUACAGUUCAGACAUUUGAGAACAUGACCCCAACUGCCACUUCAGAGACUUAUUUGAAAGCUUUGGCUGUUUGUCAUGGACCUCUGGACCACUAUGAUUUUCUGAUCAGAGCUCAUGAGCUAAAGGAUGAUGAACAUCAAAGAAGAGUCAUACAGUCUUUGCAGAAAUUACAUGAGGACCUUAAAGGAUACAAUAUAGAAACAGAAGGCCUUUUUUCAAAGCUUUUUUCAAGGAGCAAACCUCCAAGGGGCCUGUAUGUUUAUGGAGAUGUUGGUACAGGAAAAACAAUGGUGAUGGACAUGUUUUAUGCUUAUGUGGAAAUGAAGAGGAAAAAACGGGUUCAUUUUCAUGGUUUCAUGCUAGAUGUGCACAAAAGAAUACAUCGCCUUAAACAAAGUUUGCCGAAAAGGAAACCAGGAUUCAUGGCUAAAUCCUAUGACCCAAUAGCUCCCAUAGCUGAAGAAAUCAGCGAAGAAGCAUGUCUCUUAUGUUUUGAUGAAUUUCAGGUCACUGACAUUGCUGAUGCCAUGAUUCUGAAACAGCUUUUUGAAAAUCUGUUCAAAAACGGGGUCGUCGUUGUGGCAACAUCCAACAGGCCACCGGAAGAUCUCUAUAAAAAUGGACUCCAAAGAGCUAACUUUGUACCAUUCAUAGCAGUCCUGAAGGAAUACUGUAAUACAGUACAGUUAGAUUCUGGGAUAGAUUACCGGAAAAGGGAACUUCCUGCUGCAGGAAAACUCUACUACCUCACAAGUGAAGCUGAUGUGGAGGCUGUCAUGGAUAAGUUGUUUGAUGAGCUGGCUCAGAAACAAAAUGAUUUAACUAGACCAAGGAUUCUAAAAGUGCAAGGCAGAGAGCUGCGCCUGAAUAAAGCCUGUGGAACCAUUGCCGACUGCACAUUUGAAGAGCUGUGUGAGAGACCACUUGGAGCCAGUGACUAUUUGGAACUAUCAAAGAAUUUUGAUACAAUAUUUUUACGAAACAUUCCACAAUUUACUCUGGCAAACAGGACUCAAGGUCGAAGAUUCAUAACUCUCAUCGAUAACUUUUAUGAUCUCAAGGUGCGUAUAAUUUGCUCUGCAUCGACUCCUAUAUCAAGCUUAUUUUUGCAUCAACAUCAUGACAGUGAGUUGGAGCAAAGCAGAAUACUGAUGGAUGAUUUGGGGCUGAGCCAGGAUUCAGCAGAAGGACUCUCCAUGUUUACUGGAGAAGAGGAAAUCUUUGCAUUUCAGCGCACGAUUUCCCGACUUACGGAAAUGCAGACUGAACAGUACUGGAACGAAGGAGACAGAACCAAGAAGUAACUGUCACUUUCACAUAAAUAAAACUCCAGACAAAUGGUUAGGACUUGAAGGAAUCAUUUUCUCAUCAUUAAUUAUGCACUUUGUCUUCUGGAUCAUUUUAAUUUAAAGUUGCUGUCAAAGAUCUAGUGGAUUAGUAAGUUAAACACUUAACAUUUUUUAGGUCUGCUUUUUCUUAUUUGGCCUUAUUUCUGCACCAUGAAAUUAAAAUCAUCAUUCCUGAAGACGAAUGUAGGACCAGACAUUUUAGCUUCACGUUAAACCACCUGAAUGAACCUUGAAUACACAAGUAAAUGCAAGGUGUCUAGAUGCCUCCAAGCUUUGGCUGCAUGGUGGUGGCACAUUAGAAAUACAUCUUUUAUAACAGGGGAAAUGCCCUAUAUUUCAAUUCAAAACAAAGACAGCUUUCCAAUCUGAUAUAAACUAAAGGGCAUAAUAUUUUAGUGUAUGGGCUUAUAUGUGUUAUUAUUAUUACUAUUUUUUGGUUAUGAAUGAUAAUAAAUCUCCCAGGCCUUCAGAUUUCUACAUAAUGGAAAGAAUAUGAUUUUAAACCUGAGAUCAAGCUUAGUAGGCAGGACUUGAUCUCAAGUGGUCACAGAGUUUUCUUUAAAAAAUUGAGAAUUCUGAUAGGAUCAAAUAAGGAGCAAGUGUCAAAUUCCAGCCAACAGGCAGAUCUGCAGGCAGAGCCACCAACUCUGCAGCUAGGAAUGGGGACCAGUGAGAGAGUGUGGGCAGGAAGCGGGGGGUGGGAGUCAGAGUCGUAGGCACUCUAUCAGCAGAGGAGACUGCUGCUCACAUGAGGCCUGCUGGACCCCAGUGGACAGCAGGCUCCUUCCCGCUGUUCAUUGGCACUUGCUUUCCCUGCAGCAUGCCCUGCCCUUGCUGCCGACUACCAUGAGAUGGACGUAAUAGGAAAUAGGAAAGAGCACUUGGCAAGCCUGCUUCACAGGAAAUCUAAGUUGUCCUUCACUGAGCUCAUUUCUUGCUUUGAGUAAAACCUGAAAUUUACUAACUACUGUCAGAAAGUGGAUCUUCGGCUGUGGAUGAGUGUGGAAAAAACAAAAAAAAAAUAGAAAAUCACAGAGUCUUGUGAAAAUUAAGCAUUUGGGGGAAGGUAAGGCAUAGGUGAGUCAGUUCAAUGAUUACAAUAGUCAACAUAAGUAUGCUCUAUGAAUAUUUUUAUUUAUUUAUUUAUUUAUUAUUAUUACUUUUUAUGUCUUGGCCACUCCAGCCAUCUCCUGGCAGGUUUAUUGUGGCAUGGCAUGGCCCUAUUUAAUCUCUUAGUCAAUAAUCCAUCUCAGUAAUCGAUUUUAGACAUUAACUUAAUUAAGACAAGCAGAUAGAUGGAUGAGUACCCAAGUCAAGAGAAGAGUUUAAAUCAAGGCUUCUGUAAACUAAAUGUGGUUUAAAGGUAUUUUUAUUGAAGUGAAACACAGUAAUUCCAAAGAGGUAAAGUAAUAGGGAGAAAGGAUGGGAAAUAACCACUUUGUGCCAGAUUUAAUGCUACAUAUUUACAUUAGCUCAGUUAAAAAAAUAGUCUUAGAAAGUGAAUAUUAUCAUCCCUGUUCAAAGAUAAGAAAACUGAGCCUUGGAAAAGUUGAGUAGCUUGACCUGAGAUUCACGGUUUACAACUACAAAACUCAUGUACUGUGUUUUAUACCACACUGUCUCUUACUCUUACUAUUAAUACAAAGAGAGAGAUUGUUCCAUUUAUUUAACUCAGUGAAUGAAGUUGAAGAUAAAUUUACAACAGAACCACUGAUUUGAACUCAGUAAACAUAAAAUGUUUAACUUGAUUUUUUGGAUCUUAGCUUUUUACUUUUCACAUUCCUUUAGUAAUUUUUCUGUACUUUAAUUUAAAAAAAAAAAAUCAUGUGAAUGGAUAGACAGACAGACAGACAGCAUGACCAAUAGACAGAACUGUCCCUGAGUGUGAGCGUAUGUAGAAGAGUCCCUCUGUCAAGUUAUAAAAGUUCAUUUGAGGUCAGGUAUUUGGAAUAAAAUUUCAUUUUUCCAU